AGAGUGCACGAGAGCAGUUGGUCCGGAGAACGGCUGUCGCGAGGCAACGGCCGCGGCUCUUCUCGUCGCAAGCCUUAACUCUUCCCCCCGCCCCCCCCCCGCCCCCGCCUCAGCCAGCACCUGACGCUUUCUGCCUUGGUUUGACCUUUUCGCCUAUCGGCUUUUCUUCUCACUUCUGCAGCCGCUAUGGAUCUCGAUUGCUCCUCACCACUCAAGGUUCUGGAUUUGAACCCCAAAGUGAAGAAGAUAAAGAAUGAGAAUUCAAAGAAGAGGCUAUCUGUUGAAAGAAUCUAUCAAAAGAAAUCUCAAUUGGAGCAUAUAUUGCUUCGACCUGAUACGUACAUUGGAUCUGUGGAGCAAGUAACUCAGCAAAUGUGGGUGUUUGAUGAAGAUGAAGGACUGAAUUGCAGGGAGGUCACCUUUGUUCCUGGCCUUUAUAAAAUCUUCGAUGAAAUACUAGUCAAUGCAGCCGACAAUAAACAGAGAGAUGAAAAUAUGUCUUGUAUUAAAGUUACAAUUGACCCAGAAAAUAACACAAUCUCUGUGUGGAAUGAUGGGAAAGGAAUCCCUAUCGUUGAGCAUCAAGUAGAAAAAAUGUAUGUGCCAGCUCUUAUUUUUGGACAUCUUUUAACCUCCAGCAACUAUGACGACGAUGAGAAGAAAGUCACAGGGGGUCGAAAUGGUUAUGGUGCAAAGCUGUGCAAUAUAUUCAGUACCAAAUUUACAGUGGAAACAGCAUGCAAGGAAUAUAAGAAGCUUUUUAAACAGACGUGGACUGAAAAUAUGACUAAGGCAGGAGAGACAAAAUUGAAGCAUUUUGUUGGCGAGGACUUCACAUGUGUUACUUUCCAGCCUGACCUGUCCAAAUUUAAAAUGACUGUAUUGGAUAAAGAUACUGUGGCUCUUAUGUCUCGCAGAGCCUAUGAUAUUGCAGGAACAGCUACAAAUAUCAGAGUAUUCUUAAAUGGAAAGAAAUUACCUGUCAACGGAUUCCGUAGUUACGUAGACAUGUACAUAAAAGAUAAAGUGGACGACACUGGCAAUGCACUGAAAGUAAUCCAUGAAAAAGUUAAUGACCGGUGGGAAGUGUGUCUAACCAUGAGUGAAAGGGGUUUCCAACAAGUUAGUUUUGUCAAUAGCAUUGCAACAACUAAGGGUGGCAGACAUGUAGACUAUGUUGCUGACCAGAUUGUCAAUAAACUCAUAGAUGUAGUAAAGAGAAAAAACAAAGAUGGGGUUGGAGUAAAGCCUUUCCAGGUGAAGAAUCAUAUGUGGGUAUUCAUAAACAGUCUGAUUGAAAAUCCAACUUUUGACUCGCAAACUAAGGAGAAUAUGACUCUUCAAACAAAGAAUUUUGGUUCAACAUGCAAAUUCAGUGAAAAGUUCAUCAAGGGGGCUGUUGGUUGCGGCAUCGUGGAAAGCAUUUUGAACUGGAUUAAAUUUAAAGCCCAGACACAACUAAAUAAGAAAUGUUCCGCUGUUAAGCACACUCGAAUUAAAGGCAUUCCUAAACUAGAUGAUGCCAAUGAUGCUGGGAGCAAGAAUUCAAUCAACUGCACUCUCAUUUUGACAGAAGGAGAUUCAGCUAAGACAUUAGCUGUUUCCGGCCUUGGAGUUGUGGGUAGGGACAAAUUUGGAGUAUUUCCACUGCGAGGAAAACUUCUUAAUGUACGGGAGGCCUCCCACAAGCAGAUAAUGGAGAAUGCUGAAAUUAACAACAUUAUUAAGAUUAUGGGUCUGCAAUACAAGAAGAGCUACGAUGAUGAAGAAUCGCUCAAAAGCCUCCGCUAUGGAAAGAUCAUGAUCAUGACUGAUCAGGAUCAAGAUGGUUCCCAUAUCAAAGGUUUAUUGAUUAAUUUCAUUCACCAUAAUUGGCCUUCUCUUCUGAAACAUCGUUUCCUAGAAGAAUUCAUUACUCCCCUUGUAAAGGUUUCUAAAAACAAAGAAGAAAUUCCUUUCUAUAGCAUUCCUGAAUUUCAAGAAUGGAAGAACAGCAACACUAACUCCAAAAACUGGAAAAUCAAAUACUACAAAGGUUUGGGUACCAGCACUUCAAAGGAAGCAAAAGAAUAUUUUUCAGCAAUGACAAGACAUCGAAUACCAUUCAAGUACUCUGGUCCUGAAGAUGAUGCUGCAAUCACCCUGGUAGAUUAA